CAAGCCUUUUGCUGAACUUGGACUGCGUUUAAACGCAAGGUACGUGCUUAUAGUCUCAACAAGGACUUCGACAUAUACAGGACAGUCACGUGCUCUUCAAUCGCCAUGGACUGGAUUGGAUUUGGCUAUGCUGCAGCCAUCUUGUUGGGAGGUUAUAUGGGAUACAAGAGAAAAGGCAGUGUCAUGUCUCUGAUGGCCGGCUUGGUCUUUGGUGGACUGUCUGCUUAUGGCGCCUACAACAUCUCCAACAAGCCCACUGAUAUCAAGGUGUUACUGCUCACUUCUGGGCUCCUUUCGCUGGUGAUGGGGACCAGGUACAAGAAGUCAGGCAAACUGGUCCCAGCUGGAAUUAUGACGAUUCUAAGGUCAGAAUUCAACUCUGAUGUGAUCCAUAAAAUACAUUGGAAGACUUGUCUGAUUGGUUCCAAGGUCCACACAAAUAGUGUUUGUAUUGUGUAUAAAGGUGGACGCUUUCUUUCUGCAGUUUGUUGAUGGUGUUCCGACUUUUGCUCCUGAUGCUGGUGUGAUUGAAGAGGGGACGCGGACAAGCAGCUUGACAUGAUACAUGAUUCCAAGUUUGAUUUUGAUAACAUGAAUCAAACAUUUUUACUUUAUGACUACUUUGUUCGUAUGUUUAGGUUCUAUAGCAUUGUUGAAUCAUUUCCUUUUUUAAAACCAAUGUACUAUGGCCCUCAGAGGGCCUUAAAAAAAUUAACCAUCCCCUGAUAGCAAAAAGGUUUGCCAGACCUGCUUUAAAACAUUGUUGGAAUUGUACAGGAAUCCAUAUUUGGAUUUUGGACUGAGGAGAAAAUGGUGAUCUGAGAUAAAUACUGUCUUAAAUUGUGUUUGUUACACCAGCAAAGGUAAAUAAAUGAUUGUUAUAUAAAUGACUG